AUGCGCCUCCGGAUCUUCGCGUCGUCGAUUCUUCUUCUCGUGACAACAAUAGUUGAUUGCCAACAAUGUCGCGAUUCAAAUUUGAACUGCGAGUUCUGGUCGCGACGUGGCGAAUGCGCCAUCAAUCCGAAGUGGAUGUUGAGAAAUUGCCAGAAAUCGUGCGGGACCUGCUCUCCCCCGCCUCCUCCCGUUCUUCCAUCUACACGUACCACUCAAACAUCUCCGACGACCCGAAUGAUGGGAUUCCAGCGAGACGAGAUCGUCGCGCGGACAAGCUCGAAUCCCGACGGCUGCAAUUCAGUGAUGGCCAUUGAGGCCGAGACUCGCCAGAUCUUCUCCAUCGGUCAGGUUCGCGGACGAACCCAACGAAUGAUGUGCGCCGAGCAGCAAAUCCCGCCCGACUGCUCCGUCAAUCAAUGCUUUCUGAAGAAGUUCCGCUCGAUCGACGGCACUUGCAAUAAUUUGGCGAGACCCGCCGAAGGGGCGGCGUUGACAGCGUUCGCGCGACUCCUGCCGCCCGCCUAUGACGACGGAUUCAAUACGCUGGUGGGAUCGUCGAAGCGCAAUCGACCGAAUCCGAGAGAGGUGUCGAUGUUUCUGCUCACGUCGAGCAAAGCGAUUCCCGGACACGCCAACUCGAUGCUCAUGCAAUUCGGCCAAUUCGUUUCGCACGACAUCACCGCGAACUCGGCGGCGGCGAUUUGCGGAUGCCAAUCGGCCGGACCAUUGUGCGCCGCAAUUCCGGCGCCGCCGUCCGAUCGAUUCCGUCGUUGCAUUGCGUUCACGAGAAGCUUCCCGAUUUGCGGGACGGGACAAUUCGGACGGGUGCGUGAGCAGCUCAACGAGAACACCGCAUUCAUCGAUGGAAGUGGAAUCUACGGCUCCGAAGGCAUCACGGCUCGUUCGCUUCGCUUCAACGCGAUGCUCCGAUCAUCAGUGAUCAAUGGAAAAGUGUUUCCGCCGAUGGCGCAAAACAACCUCAACGUUGGUGACUCGCGCUCAAACCUGUUUGUCGGGCUGGCGGCGCUUCACACAACAUUCCUCAGACUCCACAACAACAUCGCUGCGAGACUCCAAAACAUGAACGGCCAUUGGAACGGCGAUCGAAUAUUCCAAGAGGCUCGCAAAAUUGUCGGCGGUGUCAUUCAGGUGAUCACUUAUCAAGAGUUCCUACCGCUUCUCAUCGGCUCGGCGGCGCAAACCCAACUCGGCGCCUACAAUGGCUACAAUCCGUCGAUCAACCCCGGUAUCCUUAACGAGUUUGCUGCCAGCGCCUACCGACUUCACGGAAUGAUCCAGGAGUCGUAUCCAAUCCUCAAUCACAACUAUCAACGAAUGGGAAGCCUCAAUUUCAUCGAGAACAUGAUGCGACUCGAGGGAAUGCUGAACGGAUUGGACUCGAUUUAUAGGGGCUUGAUGGCGACGCCUAGUCGAAGCCCGCAACGCUUGACCGUCUCGAUGACGGAGAGAAUGUUCGGCGGUGCUCUCGACAUGGCGGCGAUGAACAUCCAACGCGGUCGAGACCACGGCCUUCGACCCUACAACGAUUAUCGACGAGCGUGCAAUCUGCCGACGGUGGCCGACUUCAAUUCGUGGCGCGAGGUGCCGGACGCGGCGGUUCGCCAACGCGUCGCCCAACUCUAUCGAAGCCCGCAAGACGUCGAUCUCUACGUUGGCGGAAUUCUGGAAGCGCCGGAAGCCGGCAGUUUUGUGGGACCGACGUUCGCGUGCAUCAUCGCCAAACAAUUCAAGAAUCUACGCGACGGCGAUCGCUACUAUUUCGAGAAUCCCGGCGUGUUCACGUCGGCCCAACUCAACACCCUUCGUCGGACCACGCUGGCGUGGGUGUUGUGUCAAACCGGCGACAACAUGUCGAAAAUCGGUCGGAACGCGUUCGAAAUCGAAAACGGCUCACGCGCUGUGCCGUGCUCAUCGAUCACCUCGCUCGACAUGUCAGCUUGGCGUGAAUAA